AGAUUACAACAUUGGUCCAAUAUUCUCAUUUUAAAUUGUUGGGUGCAUUUUACAUGUGUAAUACUAGUGCACGUCAAACUCAACAUUGGCUUUUGAUGAAUAUAAGUCACACUUUCUGCCAUUUCCUCGUGUCAGUCCGAAGCGGAGCCGAACAACGUGAGAAACAGCACAAGAAAAAGCAGGGAUUAAGCGCGUCCAAAUAAACCUCUCUGCCACAUUAGAGUUUGGCCGACGGUUGACCCCGGUCUCUCAAGAAGACACGGGAGACGUCAGAGAUCUCCACUUGACCGCCAGGCGCCAGCAGAGCAAAUCCUUUUCCACUCCGCGGCCUCACCACUAGGUUUCCACACGCCACUCUCGCUGCCUUUCUCUUCCUCUUCCUCUUCCUCUUCCUCUUCCUCAUCCCUAUAUAUACUCUACCCUCGUCCCCAACUCCUCACCCAUCUCCCAAGCCGAGCUCUCGUCUUCACAGCUGAAGAUUCGAGAUUUUCCUCGAGAAGAAUUAAAGCUAGAGAGUAGAGACUGCUAGAGCACGGUCUUCGAAAAUAUCCAUGGGCAACCACGCCUCGUGCAUUCCGAGGAGCACCAGACCGCGCACGGCCAAGCUGGUGGAUGCCGAGGGGAAUCUCCGGCGCGUCGAUAUUCCCGCCGUCACGGCAGAGCUGAUGCUGGAGGCCCCCGGCCAUGUGGUGGCGCGUGCCGAGGAGGUGGUGAGGACGCGACGCGUGUCCGGUCUCCGGGCCCACGAGGAGCUGCGGCCCGGGGAGGUGUACCUGCUGCUUCCGGCGGAACGCGUCGGGUCCAGGCUUUCCGAUCUGCAGAUGGCGGUCGUGGUCGGGGCCGUCGAGGGUGGGCGGAGGAGGAGGAGGAGGAAGGGAAACAAGUCCCUUGGGUUUGGGAGCCGGGUGCUCCCGGAGGCAGCCGGUAGAGAGGAGGAGGGGUUUUUGGAGGGGACGGUCACCGGAUUUUCCGGUCAAAGGAUUGGUGGUUACCGGCAGUGGAGACCCGUGCUUGAUACCAUCCACGAAUCCAAUUAGGGUUUUUCCGUCUUGGGUUUUCUUGUUUACAUGUAGAACAUGAGAGAUUUUUUAUUUUAUCUUGCAUUCUUUUUGCUUCGCAAUUGUACAGAGGAUGAUGGGAGCCCAACUUAUAUGUGUUAUUUUGUUAGAACAACGAUAAUUAUUAACACGAGAAAGUAGCAAUGUUAUUCUAUAA